AGGAACUGUUCUGCUUGUGGGACGUUUCCGGGUGGUUGACAUUUCAUUAAACUCCCCGAGAUGAUUCGGAACGGACACGAUGACCCCGCCCUGCAGGAGACGGCAUCCCGGAGGCCCGUACGGGUGUGGUGCGACGGCUGCUAUGACAUGGUACAUUAUGGGCACUCCAACCAGCUGCGCCAGGCACGGGCUAUGGGCGACUACCUGAUUGCCGGGGUGCACACAGACGAGGAGAUCUCCCGCCACAAGGGCCCACCCGUCUUCACGCAGGAGGAACGCUACAAGAUGGUACAAGCCAUUAAGUGGGUGGAUGAGAUUGUCCGCGCCGCCCCCUACGUCACCACCUUGGAGACCCUGGACAAGUAUAACUGUGACUUCUGCGUCCAUGGAAAUGACAUCACCCUGACGGUGGAUGGGAAGGACACGUACGAAGAGGUGAAGAACGCUGGAAGAUACAGGGAAUGCCAGCGCACACAGGGGGUGUCCACUACCGACCUGGUGGGACGUAUGCUGCUCAUGACGAAAGCCCACCACAGUGUAGUGAGCAAUGAAGCUACUCAAGAUUACAAGCUUCACCAAGACAACUUUGGUAAGGACGCCAGGGGCAGCAGUCCAUACACAGGAGUCUCCCAGUUCCUUCAGACGUCCCAGAAGAUCAUGCAGUUUGCCUCGGGGAAGGAGCCGGCACCAGGAGACACCAUUAUAUACGUCGCUGGAGCUUUCGAUCUCUUCCAUAUCGGUCACAUAGAUUUUCUGGAGACGGUCCACAGCUUGGCGGAGAAGCCGUACGUCAUUGUGGGAUUGCAUUUCGACCAGGAAGUAAAUCACUACAAGAGGAAGAACUACCCCAUCAUGAACAUCCAUGAGAGGACUCUCGGCGUUUUGGCCUGCAGGUACGUUUCCGAAGUGGUUAUCGGAGCGCCAUAUUCCGUCACUUCUGAUCUUCUGGAUCAUUUCAAGGUUGACCUUGUUUGUCAUGGCAAGACGGACGUUCUUCCCGACAAGGAUGGAUCUGACCCUUAUGCAGAGCCGAAACGCAGAGGAAUUUUCCGAACAGUCGACAGCGGGAACAACCUCACAACAGAUGAUAUUGUGCAGAGGAUCAUAAAAAACAGGUUGGAGUAUGAAGCCCGGAAUCAGAAGAAGGAAGCAAAGGAGCUGGCAGUCGUGGAAGCACAGCAGAUGCGAGAGAGAAUCAUAGAGGGCAAAGAAAACUGAGCGCCUGCUCCUCGUACUCACACUGCUAUCCUCCGCUGUACUACAACCUGCACUCAUCCAUCAUACACACAGAGUCCUCUCAUCUGCGUUAUACCAGUCAUGUCCAGCAGAUGGCAUGCACGCCUUAAAGGGGUUUUUCGGGAUUAUCAUAUUGAUGACCUAUCCACAGGACAACGGUGGAGGUCUGACUCCCGGGACCCCCUCCGAUCAGCUGUAUGAAGCGUUCACAGCGUUCUAUGAGCCCUAGGCUAGUGGCGUCCCAUACAUUGGUCUCAUGGCCUACGCACAGCCCCAGCUGAGCUGCAAUUCCAAGCACAGCCGCUAUACAAUGUACGGCGCUGUGCUUGGCGAGCUGCAUGGUGGCUACAGCACUCACAAGAGCAUGGCGCCCUCCACAAACAGCUGAUUGGCAGGGGUGCCAGGAGUCGGGCAUCUCAUAUUGAUGAUCUAUCCACAGGACAACGGUGGAGGUCUGACUCCCGGGACCCCCUCCGAUCAGCUGUAUGAAGAGUUCACAGCGUUCCAUGAGCCCUAGGCUAGUAGCGUCCCGUACAUUGGUCACAUGGCCUACGCUCAGCCCCAGCUGAGCUGCAAUUCCAAGCACAGCCGCUAUACAAUGUACGGCGCUGUGCUUGGCGAGCUGCAUGGAGGCUACAGCACUCACAAGAGCAUGGCGCCCUCCACAAACAGCUGAUUGGAGUCGGGCAUCUCAUAUUGAUGACCUAGCCUGAGGAUAGGUCAUCAGCUUGUGAAUCCCUUUUAACAAUUAUAGGCUAGGGUUCUCCCUAACAUGCUGGCACUGCCACUUCUAACUACAUUGGCAUCUUAAAAACAAGAUUUUUUUUAGGUAAUUUAUUAAAAUCAUGAGAAAAUUCCUUUUAUGUAAAGCUGCAGAGAGAGCUUUCUUUUUAACUAUAAGAAGCGGCCUCUUAUCUUUUUAUUAGUGUGCGGUGCCACUGGCAUUUCACAGGGACAAGAUUGGCAUGUCUAAGGGCACAGCACUGCUCGUCUGGAAGAAUUCAGCGUGACCGGUCCCUUGUAAGGUCUAAUGCGCACAACAAGAAAAAAUAAUUUUUAGAAGUUCUGAUGGUUCUAUUUUGCGAUGCUAGGAUCAGAAUAAUACUGAAGGAGGAUUACACGGCACUGCUCCUAUGAGUCCUGGUUUAGGGAGAGGAGCAGGGUCUUCUGUGUCCCUAAGGCUGGCCAUAGACGUCAGAUAAUUCCUAAUUAUCCCCAAUCAUGGGUCCUGUAUCCCCCCAUGUGAAUGGAGCGGUGGUCCAGCAUGCAUACUGCUGCCCCAUGCAGGCUCUAGUGGACUGACGGAGAUGGCUGUCUGUGGCAGUCCCAUAGACCUUCAGUGUGGUGGCAACGUGCUCCAUUCAGAGGACAUGGAAUCCCAGUUUAUCAUGAUUGGUGGGGGUACCAGCAGCUGGAGCCCCACCAAUCACACACAUCACCUAACCUGUGUACUGGUGAUAAGGUUCAGUCAAGGGCCAACAUAUCAUACAUAAUCCAUAGGAACUUUCUGAUAUAACUUAUUAUUUCACUGUACGUAUAGCUGAUGGUUAUAAAGGAAGGAAAGCCCCCAGCAUCCUAAACACUGGUGAGGCUCCACCACCCGUCUAUACAUAGCUCAGAUCCUGCUAACGACUCUACUCCUAGGACAGUGGUUGAAAACAUCUGGCUGUCCAGCGGUUAAAAAACUACAACUCCCAGCAUGCACUGAAAGAAGCCAACCAUCUUGGCAUGCUGGGACUAGUAGUUUUACAGUAGCUGGAUGCACAAAACAGCCAGACAUGGAAUAAACUUUAACUGGUUUUAAAAUAAAGCUCAAUAGUCCUACUAUUUAACCUCUAUAUUCUUUAGUGAAAUCAAUUCUGUAGCAGAUGAAGACUGAUAAUCGUCUCGUAAAUCUGUACUCCUAUCCGUACACGCUCCCCCCCCCCCCUCCCCAUAUACACCCGGUUCUGCCUAUACCAUCAUAUGCCAUUACUCCUAAAUAUAUUGACCCCCCCAGAGUCUUGUCUAUGCUUAAUGACAAUUUGCAGUGGUCAGACAUUUAUCAGAGUGUUAAAUUAAAUGAUUAUAAUUGUUAA